UCAAUUUUUCAAGUGCCCCUGCCUCUCUUCAUUUCAUUUGACUUUUUCUGAAGGUUGUAGCCUCUGUUUCAUCAGCUCUGCAAUCAUCCUUUUCCAUUAGAUUCUUGAAAAGAAUUUGCUUCUACCUUCUAGUUACUAUCAAGAUUCAAUUUUUCUGACAAGGGUCCUUGAUUUUAGUUGUUUCAAGUUUCAUUUUUCCAAGAAGGACCCUUGCUAAGAUUUUUGUUGGAUUGAUGGCGGUGAAGACAAAUGGAUUUGUUGAAGGGUGUUUGCCUGAGGAAUUGUUGAAGUUGCUGUUGACUCUGGCUUCAACUUGGACAGAUGUAAUUGAUGUGAAUGCCUUUAAGGUGAUUCCACUGACGGGGGCCAUGACUAAUGAGGUUUACAGGGUAACUUGGCCUACAAAAAGCAAAGAUAAUACAAGAACUGUUUUGGUUCGUGUUUAUGGUGAAGGUGUUGAACUUUUCUUCAACAGGGAUGAGGAAAUCAGGACUUUUGAGUGUAUGUCCAUCCAUGGUCAUGGACCUAGGUUGCUCGGACAGUUUUCUGAUGGAAGAGUUGAAGAGUUCAUUUAUGCUAAGACUCUAUCAGCUGCUGACCUCCGUGACCCUGAAAUUUCUGCUCUCAUAGCAGCCAAAUUGAAAGAAUUUCAUAAACUUGAUAUGCCUGGUUCAAAGAACGUUGUGCUGUGGGGCAGAAUGAGAAACUGGCUAAGGAAAGCCAAGAGUUUGUGUAACCUAGAACAUGUGAAGGAGUUUUGGUUGGAGAAGUUAGAAAAAGAAAUUAGCAUACUGGAAAAAGAGCUGUCCCAGGAUAACCAAGAAAUCGCUUUUUGUCACAAUGACCUGCAAUAUGGUAACAUAAUGAUUGAUGAAGAGACCAGAUCAAUUACAUUCAUCGACUAUGAGUAUUCUAGUUACAAUCCAAUUGCCUAUGACAUCGCAAAUCAUUUCUGUGAGAUGGUGGCAGAUUAUCAUACCGACACUCCGCAUAUCUUGGACUACAACAAAUACCCCGGUCUGGAGGAGCGCCAAAAGUUUGUACGUGAAUAUCUAAGUUCCGCAGGCCAUGAACCUACUGAUGCUGAAGUCAAGCAGCUCACCAUCAACGUGGAGAAGUACACUCUUGCAAACCAUUUGUUCUGGGGAUUAUGGGGAAUCAUUUCAGCAUAUGUCAACAAUAUUGACUUUGAUUACAUGGGGUAUGCAAGGCAGAGGUUUCAGCAGUACUGGCUCAAGAAAACCAAGAUUUUAGAUAUCCCAGUAGAUUCAUUAUUGUGUGAAACCAAUGAUUCAGCAGCAGAACUUAAAAUUUAGUUUUCCUCUCCUUUCCAUUUCCUAUAGUUACAAAUCUUGUAUAGUUUAUAUGUAUUUAUAACUGUUGCAAUAUAUCAAUGCAACAUCUCAUCCGGUUGACUUUUUUGUCAUGUUGGGUGUGCCCAGAGGGAACACAAUUAUAGGGAGCAUAUGGUCAAAACAAGAAGUAA